UAUUGGGUUUGGUUGUACGUUGACAGUCGCAGUUCAAAACAGGCUUCCUGCUUUCCGUAGCUGGAACCGACUACGUUGGCAACAUGGCGUCCUCAGAUGUCCACGUCCGAAUAUGCGAACAAGAAAUACUCAAAUAUGACUUGGAAAUCAAAGCUCUCAUCCAGGAUAUUAAUGAGUGCACAGGUCCUCAAAGCAAGCUGACCGAACUGAACGCAGACGUGAAAAAGAGUUUCCACAAUCUCAGAUUGCGGAUUCAGGAUUUAGAGCAGAUGGCGAUGGAGCAAGACAAAGAAUCAGACAAGCAAACUUUGAUCAGUCAGGUAGAGGGACACAGAAAACAGAUGCUAAGUAAUCAGACAGUUUGGAGGAAAGCCAACCUUGCCAGCAAACUGUCCAUAGACAAUAUGGAGAAGCAGGCACUUCUUGAUGGAGCAGAUAGCUCUGUGAGACAGAGGAAAAUGACCAAAGAGGGCCUGGCCCAGACAACCAGCGACAUUACAGAAAAUCUUAUGAGCAUCAGCCGGAUGAUGGCCCAGCAGGUUCAGCAGAGCGAGGAGACCAUGACAUCACUAGCAACCUCCUCGAGGACAAUCCAAGAGACCAAUGAGGAAUUUAAGACCAUGACGGGGACCAUCCAGCUCGGGAGGAAACUCAUCACCAAGUACAACCGCAGGGAGCUCACCGAUAAGCUGCUCAUCUUCCUGGCGUUGGCUCUCUUCCUCGCCACAGUUCUCUACAUCCUCAAGAAGAGACUGUUCCCCUUCCUGUAGACCAGGUAACUCUGAGGAACUCCUAUAUAACCACACACAAUACUUUCCAUAGUCAGCGCAAAUGAUUUAAACAAUUCCGAAUGCUGCGAGUCAUAUUACACACACGUUAUACAUUAGUGUCUGCUCAUUGGAAUGUGGUCUGCUCCCUGGGCUGAACUGUGACACUGCUGAGAGUGAAAUAUUGUCCACAAAGAAAAAGAUAAACCUCCGCACCUACAGCUCCAUGCUGUGCCUUUUUUUUUUUUUGGACUGAACAGAUUUCAGUCUUUGUACCGUAAUGCUGUGCAUUGCUUUUGAUCAAGUCAGACAUAAGGAAGGAUGAACCACCCAUAGAAAACAUAUUCAUGUGAAGCAUUGGGUACAGUUUCUCUUUUUUAUCUUUACCAGUGAUUCAGAAGGUCCCCAAGAAGUGGAUUUUGUGAACCGGUUUGCGUCCGAUGUAGUUAAAAAUGUAUUUACAAGUAGUAAAAAUUUUACAUAAAAAGGCCGGGGAGGUUUGGGAGCAUUUUUGUUUAACAGAAAAGGACCUCAUUUCAUAUAAUCCUCUGUAACUUAUGAUUAACUCAUUCUAGUUCAGUUUUUUUUAAUCUGAUACCAUACUGUCACAGUGCAAGUCAUUUAAACGCUUUAAGAAAAAUUAUUUAUAAUGUUAUACUGUAUAAUUACUGUAAGGUAUAAUUUAUUGUUACAUUAUAGUGAGCUAUUUUUGAGAAUUUAAAUUUUAAAAUGCUCUUUAAUUCUCUUACGAUUCCAGCACGUCUGCUCUCACACAUCUGCGCUGUUUGUGUUUCACUAGCCCAGCAACCAGAACAGUACUUCACAUGUGCAUCUCGAACUGUGCCUUUGUUUUAUUCAGUUGGCAUGCAAACUAAAAACAAAAAACUAAAAAAAAAAAAAAAAGAACGUUUAAUCAGUGUAAGAGUCGACACACACUCCU